AUGAGUUGGCAGCUACGAUGGAACAUGAGAAGGUUUGGGAUUGACAACUUUCAACUUUGUCAGCCGCCCUUCGUCGAGCACUUAUUCGGCCUUUUCGAAAGACAAACCAUGAAUGCGCAAGGUCAUGGACCUCGUGUAACUGACCUCUCCCGAUUCUCUAUAAUGGUGUUCGCAAUCUAUGCUAGAAACGCAAACGAAGUACUCUUUGUGCUCAUCGGAAAGCCAAUCGGCUCAAAGCGCUCGUCUUCAGCUGAAGGAGCCACAUUACUACCACCAGGUUCCUGGAAACGCCCCAAACUGAGCGCUGUCAGCCUCCCACUGUCAAUUGAACAACUCGACCUUCGCCAAGGAUUCUUUGACAACAAGGUUAACCGCGCGAAUACCCCUCAAUGUGUGCAUUUCGUUCCAUGCUCCAUUACCCCCAAAUUUACUCACGUUGCAUUUUCUUCACAUAUGCGGCCGACCGAAUUUGACCCAGGGGUUAGCGAAGCACGGGACGAUUUAGCGACAGCAAAUUCUAGAGAGCUCCCGGGUAGGGUGAACCUUCUAACAAUAGCACCGACACCUUCAAAUCUGUUUCUGGAAUUGGCUGGCCUAGACCGCUUUUCACACCGUGGUUUAUUGCUUGUUUCGCCUCCGUUACCAAGGUUCAGUCACGCAACAAUCAGUUCAGUCUUUACGUGGAACAUUCUACCAAGUAAUGAUGAAAGCUUGACAUUGAAGAAUGCGUUCAUCGCUUUCCGCCUAUCCACCAGCUUCUGCAAGCAACAUGUAGCUAAGUCUUGUCAGCAAUGUUCCGUAUUCCUAGCUCUUCAAGGGAGUAUUUUCGCUACACCAAUUCAACUUCGGAAUGCAUCGCUGAGCGAAGCUAAGCCUACUGCCUACGCCUUCUCGCAAUGCGUCCCGGGCCAUAAUGGACCCGCCUUUAAAGACAUGUCGAUUAGAUGGGACCCUGAAAAAAAUCCAUAUCUUGCAUCUAAACUCCAAUGA